AUCUAAUUCGAAAUAAAAAUAUUAACUCGGAGCCAAAUAUAGGAUAAUCUAAAUUAUCCUGUAGCAUCUAUACUGAACAAAGGCUAAAAGAUAAAAUAAAUGCAUUCUCUCGUUCUGUAAACAUGGCCGCUGUGAAGGGAAUUCUUUUGCAGUAUUCACAUUCAGACAUGCUCAUUCCUGCAACAUUUUCAAGUUCUCCUAAGCGCCUCUUUCUUUUCACUUUCUCAUCAAAUCAUUUAGAAAAACGUUGUAGCCGUCAAGAUUUUAGACCAAAAAUUUCAGCUAAGGAAGCCACAGCUACGUGUAAAAUCUCUCCGAAUUUGAAACGCCGAACUGUUUCACGCAAACGCUCUACACUAGACCUUAAUUUGAAGCGUAAUUUAUCUAAGUCUGAGAAAUUUGAGGAUCUUCCUGAAAACACAGGAGAGGACUUUAAAGCAGCUUUGCAGUGCGAGCAUUUUCAAAGCCUGCGGAACAGGAGACCUCUGUUUUGGGAAGGAGAAGAUCUCUGGUAUGGUUUGAUAAGGAUUGAUAUAAAACUAGGCAGGUGUUCAGGUUGUACUCGUGAGUGGGGACUUGACAAACCCCUCAUACUUGAGGAAGUAAAGAACUUUUUUGAUGAUCAUGAUGUACAUGACUUUACUUUCACUAGUGAAAAACUGUGGGAGUGGAGAUGUCGGGCAAAACUUGCAGUACGUGGCACAUCAGAGACUCCACAAAUUGGACUCUAUGAAGAGGGUACACAUAAUGUUGUGGAUAUUCCUUCUUGCCGAGCUCAUCACCCACAAAUCAAUUCUGCCAUUGGGAUUCUAAAAGAAGCCAUUAAGAAAUUAAAUAUCCAGCCAUAUGAUGAAGUUGCGGGAAUAGGUGAUUUGCGGUAUGUGCAGAUGGCAGUCAGCACAUACGAUACAUCCUUGCCACAUGUGGACCGCUACAGGAAUGGUAAGGUACAGGUGGCUUUGGUCUGGAAUUCCAGAAAUGAAAAUUCCGCUAAUGCAGAGAAGUUGACACUUUUAUACAAGUUUUUGUGGACUAGAGGUGGACCGAAGAGUGAUAACCACAUUAUCCAUUCUAUAUGGUCAAACUUUCAGACUUCCAGCAGCAAUAUAAUAUUUGGAGGCAGGUGGCGACACCUUGUGGGAGAGCGAGAUUUUUGGGAGCGCUUUGGAGGUGUUGACAUUUGCAUGUCACCUGGUUCCUUUGCACAAGCCAAUACUCAGGCAUUCACCUCUAUGCUUUAUAAAUUAUGCAAAUACGUAAAACGUGGCAGUGCAGUUGUUGAGCUAUAUGCUGGAGUAGGGAUCAUUGGUCUCUGUUUAGCUGCAAACAGGAAGUGUAGGUCAGUGAAAUGCAUAGAGAUUAACAAGGAAUCAAAGUUGCCAUUUGAGAAGUCACUUGCUCGCCUUCCAGAGUCGUUAGACUCCAGCAUUAGUUGGCAUUGUGCUGAUGUCUCCAAAGUCCCAAUUCAUUGGCUGGAGGGUUCAGAUGUCAUUGUCGUUGAUCCUCCAAGGAAAGGUCUUGAUAACUCUAUUAUUGAUGCUCUGCAGAUAGCAUCAUUACGGGGACAAGGAGCGAUUCAGACGCCUAGGAGAGUAGAGAAAAGGCCAUGGAUUCUACGAGCACAGAAAACUACUAACACAGCAAGUAAAACCAAUUUUGAUGAAAUUGCAUCUUGGCCUGAUACAUUAAUCUAUGUUAGCUGUGGAUGGACGAGUUUUAAGCAGGACUGCCAGGCAUUAUUGUCUAACAAGGCUUGGCAUAUAAAAAGUGCACAUGCAUUCAAUUUUUUCCCUGGGACAGACAGCAUUGAGGUUUUGGCCAUUUUCAAGUGCGGGGAGAGAAUAAAACUAAAAAAGAAGAAAUCUGCAGAAAAGAGAAUAGCAAGGAGAAAAUGAAGAGAGCUAAAAGAAAAUCAUACCUGAAGUAUAACCCUGGUUAACACAGAUUAGUCUCUCUUUUGAAUCUGUCUGGGUUCAAAGUUGAAGGCUUUCUGCAAUUAUUUAUAAAAUUGUUUUUACAUGUACCUUUUUUUUCAGAACAUAGAUUUUUGGUAGGAAAGCUAGUUGAUUCUUGUUCAUAAGUAUGUCAUAUUCAAGUAAUCUGUGAAAGAAAAUGUAUAAAAUUUUCUAAAUUGUGUACAUACUCUAGUUCAUAAACCUAUCUAUCAACCAUUGUAAAUUUUACAAUAUUAAAUUAAUUCAUCUUUUGUAUCUUUGAUAUUUAGAUGAAACUUUGCGCCA